AUGCCCAUACUCAAGUCUCUCAAGACCGAAGAGAGGGAGAGCAAACCAGCUCCAAAACACACGCUCCCAGAGCUAAACCUGAAGAUUCUACCGAUUGAACAUUUGCGACUCGUUGAUUUUCCCAGGCCAGGCUGGACAUUGGAGAUAUGCUUGUGGGUGGCUACCGCCGCUAGCGUCUGUGCUAGCGUAGAAAUCGUUUGCGUCGCCCACCACACUACUCGCAAAGCUCGUGAAGAAAAUGGAAGGAAAUCCCUUCGAAAUGUUGCAUAUCUUGGUGGCCAUUGCCUUCGACAAGUAGCUGGAGUCGAACCAAACAACGAGGCAAAUCAAAGAGACCGCCGCGAAGAUAAUGGCCACAAGGCCAGCUUGGUAUUGGUCCCGCCAGCGGCUCCCGAAAACCACACGGUGAGGUUGGAUCGGCGAAUCAAGAAGGUGAUACCAAGGAAAAGGUGGGCUAGCACGAAGGAGAUCCCGAAGGACGGCGCCCUAGUCGAGGAGUGUCAGUUGCCGUCCAUGAUAGAAAGCUCUAGCAUGUAUCGAAGACAGAAGGAAGCAGAGGUUCUGAUUAGGGAAGCCGCGAUGAUAGAGCUCAAUGUUUGA